UGCUCCUGGCACUUCCCUUGACCCCCAGAGUGGGUCUCGGCCCCUCACUCAGCCGUUUUCCUCUUUCGGUCAAAAUUGCAGGACUGUACUGCACUUUACGGAACUUUGUAUAUUCUUCGGCCCCUCCCUCCCUUUCUCUUGGCUCUUGUACAGAGAGAGUGUGUCCUGCUCCCUGUCCUUGCAUCUCAAUCCUUUCCCUCCAUCAGAGUCCCCCCCCGCCGAUUCCACCCCCUCCUCUCGUCUCCCGUACCCUCCCGCCCUGCCAUCCAGAAUCCCUCUCUUCUCCCUCGUGCAAGAAACCUGCUCCUCUGUUAUUCGAGAUUCCAUAGAAUUCUGAGUUAGAAUUUUCUUUGUUUUUUAAAUCCUUUUCUCCUUCUUGAACCUCUGAAAUUGGCCCAGGAGCAGAUCCCCUGAAAGUUCGGUGUCGGAUUCUCGUGAUCGGCUCACGGGAUCCACUAGAAUUUCGAGGAAUUUGGCAUUUCUUCCUUUACCUGCGCAUCGAGACUCCUCCUGAACUGAUUCGCCCAAUUUCUGUUCCAUAUCCCCGAGUGUUACGUGGAAUUUUGUGGCGACUGGAUUGAGAAGCGGAAUACAGUUCGAGUCCUGGCUGCGCACGAGCAGCCGAGUACACGACAGGAGUAGAAGUACUUGUCGUAGGAGUAGUAGUGCGGCGCGUGCUGGCAACAGGACCCCGAUGCGAUCUGGAUUCCAGAGCCAUCACUCGUAGUAGCUCAUUCGUAUUGCCUCAAGUGUAGUUGCAGCAGCUGCUGCAGAAGCACCUCGCUCUCGAGCUAUGGACGGUGAACAUUCUGGCCUGAGUACCUGGCUCUACACUCUAGGAGAAGCACCGAUGUCAACUCAGAUUUCUCGGGAAAUAUUUUUCAAGAUUUGAGAGUAGCAGCUGUCACAUGGACAGAGCAGUGAUCAUUUCUUGACGGCGACGAAAGAAUUGCCGAAUCAGGGCAAAACAGAAAGAAGCUCAGGCUGAGGUUUUCGACUCUUCUUCCUGGGGGACUUCUGUACAAGAGCAGUAGAGCUCUUGACCGUGCAGGUGUAGCGGAAUUUUCACCAGGCCGCCAUCAUUCAAGAAAUCGGUACAAAAAUGGAUAGAUUGUUCUUGUCACAUCCGAAUGAAGACGCGGACGUUGAUGCACUGCUUUCACAACUGAAUGACGAGCAUCUGAUGACGCUUAAAAUCAACAGCCACACUUCCACUCAGAGCAUCGGAUACCCCACCGCCGGUACAGGGAAUGGAGUAUGGUCUCAUACGGGCAGUGAUGAUGCUGAUGGGGCCAUAGAUUCUCAGCUGAGCAGCCGACUGGCAAAAUUGAAGGCUGGCCAUCGCUUAUCUUCCUCGUCUGCAGCAGUAGCAGCUUCGAAGAGUAAAGGGAAGGACACAGAGGCCAAGAAGGAGAAUGGUGGGUUGAGUUUCAGAAGGUCAUCAUCGAAGAGGGAGGAUGGUGUUAUUGCUGCUGGUGCCAGUGACAAGAGGAGGUUGUCGAGAAGCCAGUCGCAGAAUAGCGAAUUCCUUUCAUGCAGAUCGGGGGUUGACAAUCUUGACGACUCUGAGGACAUCGAUGCCAAUCUCGUGGCACGGUUUCGUGCUUUGAAGGGAGCUUCAUCUCCAAAAUCUUCUGAUGCCAGCUUGGUACAAUUUUCAGGCAACUUGUCGAGCCAAGGAGGUUCCAGCGAUUAUUACAAUUCUUCCUCUUUCGGAUCGUCUUCACCUUCUGCCACUCUCCUCGGUCGAUCGAGCUCGAGAUCUUCUCCCCGUGUGAUGAGCACCUCGGUUGCUUCCUCCUGCUACUGCUCCACCCCUUCUCCCUUCAAGCUUUUGAAGCAGCUGAGCUCCAAGAAAUUACCCUCUGCCAAGCCUGCUACCCUGCCAAUUUCACCAUCUUCCAAGUCGCCUUCUACCAAAGGCCAAUUCACUGGAAACGGGCAUGGGCAUGGGCAUGGGAAGUCGGCGGGGAAAGAGAGCAGCUCCAAGAAGACCCUUCAGAAAAGUCGAGGAGAUGACGUCGAGAAUUUGUCCACCGUGAAAGAUGUCAAGAGGUUGCUGUCAUCUGUCGCAGACAGAGUUGGCGUGGAGAGAAGCAGAGUCUCCUCGGCAGAAGAGGAGGACUCUUUGAGUGGAGACUUGCGUGCGUUUUCCCUGCUGGACAGGGAGCAAGAAUACAUGAAAGCUUCUUCGGAAGAAGAGAAGCUGAAUCGUGAGGCAGAGAGGGUGGUGGAGUGGGCCAAAGAUGCUGCCCGGCUGGGCCUCGAUGCCUCGGACGGAGAGGACGAAGAUUUGGAAUUAGGCGAAGAGGAUCUUGAUUCAGAAAGCUCCACUGAGAAACAUAUCAAGAAUGCCAAAGAUUCGAAGAAGGCGUCCAAGCCCAAGAGGAAAAAGAUGUGGGGUUUGUUUUGAUUUUUAUCUUUCUGUUUCUUUCUGAGUCUUUCCUCCUCUACAGGCCACCGAACUUGAUCAUUGACCUUUGGUCUCACUCUGCCUCCUGCUCUAGUGGCUGAUUUUGUGCUCCAUGGCAUUUUAGACUACUGUCUACCAGACGAUGUGCUUGCUAUGAGUAUUGCAGCAGUAGUUUUGUUCAGGGUGAGACGAAGUGUUGUACAUAUAACGUCCAGCUCCACAGUUCAAAUCCCAAGUACAUAUGAUACUAGGCAUACUUUCGUCUAUCAUUCGCUUUGGGAGAUUGUUUGGAAACGAAACAUGUAACUCCUCAAAGGAAUAAUGAUUCUCCCAGUGCAUUCUCAGUUGUAAAUUUCUUACAUCCGACAGAGACAAAUCACGCGUUUUUCUAGUGUGAUGCAUGUCAAGGUUUCUGGUGUGCAGUGAGAUCCUGUUCACAUACGAACUCUAAAUUAGUUUCUGUUGGGUGGAUUUCAAGAUGGCUCGUUGACCUAGAGUCAUCUACGUUAAUGCUCUUCUCAGUUCCCUCACAUAGGAGGAAAAGAUAGAUUGCAAUUGAUGUCUGGUUUGUGGGACCUGAAGCGAUUGUGUUCGAAGAUCUAGAUGUAAUCCACAUCUAACUGCUCGAAUAUAGUGAUAUUGCCGUGUUCAAUUACGUGCCUUGGAUUCCUAGCUUUUCUGUUCUUAUAGUUCAAUGCAGAACUGUUUACAAUGAUGAGUUAGUCUCUUUAAUAUGUUCUGUAUUUGGGGAGGUAUUUCUUGGAACCUCUCCAAAUACAGAACAUGAGGCGAAUAUGAUUCCAUGAUCAUCUUGUAACCUUAUAUUUGUUUAUAGUUACAUAGUCUGGAUAAUUUGGAAUGUACAGAGUUUUGGUGGUGGCAAUAUGCUCCUUGGUAACUUUUUUAAUUGCUGAAUUAGUGUUUUCAUCAAAAGCUCUAGUAUGACGGAAUAGCUGAGUGCAUUGUUAGAACGCUGAAAGCAUAGUGAAGACCACGUGCCUACAUGCAAACUGAUGGACAAUGACAUUACUACACUUUCACUGAGGUGAAGAAGAGAAUACUGAUACACGUAUCUCUUGAAGCCUCUCAAUCUUGUCUUUCAACUGACAGUGGGAUUGUCACUAUGAUACCAAAAGACUAGGAAUAAAGCAUGUUUUUUGACACAAGCGGUCAAUUGACUGGCUGAAUAUGUUACUAAUAUGUUGUGGAUUAAAGGGUUCAUACAUUCUGUGGUAGGAAAUCGAGUACUGUUGGCUACAAUGAGCAUGGUGUCGGGUUGAGAGACAUGUGAGGUUUUGCUGUAUCCAGCUGCAUGAUCUUUGAAGCAAUAAACACAUGGCCUCUGCCGUUAUUCGAAACGCCCUCAACCUAGUGACACCCUUAACUGAAAGCAAAUCCACAUAUUCUGAUUUGUAAUUGCAGGCUAUCAUACUCUCACAGAGUUAGUGGCAAAUUUUACAAUUCCU